UGUAGACGUGACUAUUCAAGUCAAGCGUCGAAAGCAGGAAUCAAAACGUACAUAGUCGUACAUUGUGGUAUUGAGUCUAGACUCUUUCCACACUUUAACAAAUCUGCAAAUGCAGACGAGUAUUUGGUAGCAAUUCGGAUUUACGAAAAUUCCUUAGGCCCUUUGUAAAAGUAGCAUUUCCUUGUAAAGUUACAACAGUACUGUAGCAAGAACCGAUUGCUUACGCUCAGUUUUGAGAUAUCAGAUCUAACUUACAAGCGGCUAUCCGGUUACUACACGACAUGGGCAGUGGAUACGUUUGGUUUCCGGUUACGAAUGAGCCAAUGUACAACCGGCGCUUGGCUGGAUUUAUGGCAUUGUCACAGUUAACCCUGGGGCUAUCCAUCCUUGUUGUUUUGAUUAUCACAGCAGCAAUGGGUGAAGAUAAUGAAUCGAACGUUCUGGAAGGGUUUGCCCUGUUAACCGGUUGGACGCUGUUUCUUGCUCUCGUCGGAAUCGUUGGCUACAUCCGAUCGUGCAUUGUACAGAUGGCGCAUAGCCGUCUGGACACCGUCCAAUCAGAGCGCUGGAAGAAGUACUUUCGCGGCUGGACAUGGGCGUUGAUAAUCACUUUGUUUGUCAGCAUCGGCAGUGUCAUUCACAGCGGUAUGGCUAUGGAGGGCAGCGUAGACGGAUACGGUUCCCUCGCUGGUCCAGCGGGUAUGGGCUGUGGAAUGCUGAUGGCGAUUAUGGAUGUCGUCGUGCUGAUUACACAGCUCUUUGUGCAUGAGAAAGGAUCUGGGGCGUUUGCCAAACAAGAGCGUGAGCCGCCUGUACAACCCGGGGUGACACCGGGUGGUUACAGCGCACCCGCGUCUGCCCCGGAACACGAGAUGACCGCUUUCACGCCAAGCAAUCGCUUGCCACAAUUGCCGUAUCCUGCCGCUUCACUGCCGUAUCCCCGAGAAGCCGCACCGUCCACUACCUUUAUGGUUUAUGAACCGAGAAAUAUGCUAACGACUGUGACCGAAAAAAGCGAUUCUGAUUUUCCGCCAACUUAUGAAGAAGUCAAUAAAAAAUAUUAAUUACCGAUAUUUUUACGUGUAAAGCGCUGGAUCUCUUUGUCAAAGUGUAUUUUCUCCUCUGAUGUCACUCAAACGCGAUUUCCUGAAAAAGGUUUCCUUUUGCGCCUGCUUUCAGUAAUAUGUUAGUAGAUGCAUAACGGGACCCCCAAAAAACGAUGCACAAAAAUUUUGUUCUUAUGUAUUUUAUGGCUGUUUUAUUCAGUUGCAACUUGCAGUUGUCGCCAUUUGCUCA